AUGGACGAGUCGGCUCUUGUUGCCUCAACUUCAGAUGAGGCGGAGAAUGUGAUGCUAAAGGACCUCAACCAAGCACUGUCGCGGAUUCACUCAUACGAAGAGAUUCGGCUGUUCAUAGCAGGCACACCCAACUUCGGCCAUCAGGCAUCGUCCGUUAAUUUGCUGCUACGCCUGUCCUGGGACUACGCUUAUGCAGGUCUGAUCACAGUGGUAUACGACCCGGGCAACCCGAGAAAUGGGUGGACAGUCCCAAAGCUACGUCGACUCCUACACCGCCACAUCGAUCCUGCGGUCUCGGAAAGCCUGCCACAGCGAUUGCACCUUGCGCGGCUACAGUGGUUCUCGGAUGAAGAGUUCGCCGCUCGCACCAGCGAAAGAGUAGACUUUGGUAUGACGGGGGGUGCCGAGAUCGGGAGGAUCUAUCGCUGCAGCCUUGCGGACAUGCUGAAUGUGCGAACAGCACUGAAGAUGCAACCAUUUCAGUGGCCGUGGUGCAGGGAUGGCAUUGACUUCUGCACCCAAAGCAAUCAGCCGCCAGUUGACUUGCUGAGCGACGAGUAUCUAGGCUGGAGAUUGUUCCACCGGGCCUACCGGCUCCCCAGCGUCCUGCAUCAUCCGCUGAAAGCCAAUUGUCAAAGCAAGAACGAUGCUGUCGUGCAGCAGCUUCUCACCGUCAAAGCCCGAGUCUCGGGAACGUCACUGUCCUGCUUGUACGGCGUACGGCGAGAAGGUGUCUGCCGAGUGGACCCGGCCAAUCUUCUUUAUGUAUACUUCCUGGCGCUUUUCCGCGCAUUUUCACGACGGGAUACGACCGCAACAACUAACAUGCCUCACCGCCGCAUUCUGGUGGUCAAUUUUGACGACCUCUGGAAUGACGCCUUCACCAGGCUGGAAGCCUACGUAUAUGGUCAGGAUCCUCUGUCCACGUCUGAACAGCCGGUGUCACUUCCAAUCUCCGGAAACCUCUCCAACUGGAUUCGUUGCAUUCGCACUCCCGAAGACCUACCGGCUGCUAUCAACUGGUCGGAUGAACCUCGACCGCAAGAUUCGGCUUCUGAUUGCCAAGCAUGCAGCGUCAAGAUAUUAUACGUUCAAGUCGGGUUCGUAUCUCCAGAAUCAUUCGUCGAGGUCCUCCAACACGCCGAUUUGCCUACCAUAUUCGAAGGCCAGCAUACGGCAUCAGCGGUGGCCUCGCUGGGAAAACCAUACCUCAAACUACGGGAUUCGGUAAUCAAUAAUCCUUCCCAAGUCCUUCGGAUACCAGAUGACACCUGUCGGCACAGUGAUGUGGUCGACCGAAUCCAGGCGGCCAGCCUUAAUCUUCAGCUGGGUGCACUGCGCGAAAUGGCCCUCGAAGAAUCGGUGGAGUGUGUCUCUCAUUUGCUUUUCGAGUGUACGGAUCCUUCUAGUCCUUUGCACAUCUACCUUAAUGAUCUAGAGGCAUACUAUCGACAAAGGGGGGCGGAUAAGUUCGAGACUCUCCUGAGUGCAUGGAACAAGUACGGUUUCCUCAAGCAGUCCGCCGGCAUGAAAGGGACCCAUGUCGACAUUACGCCUGGGGGCCCUGGGAAGCCAAAAUUGCAUAUUGAAGAGACCCGGGAGCUGCUUUUCCAGUUAGGCCUCCGCAACUAG